AUGGCAAAUCGGAGACGCCUUUUUGCCGGCGAGCGUCCCCAGCGUCCCCAGCGCCGCCAGCGCCCCCAGCGCCGCCAGCGCCGCCAGUGCCGCCAGCGCCCCCAGCGCCGCCAGUGCCGCCAGCGCCCCCAGCGCCGCCAGCGCCCCCAGCGCCGCCAGCGCCGCCAGCGCCCCCAGCGCCCCCAGCGCCCCCAGCGCCCCCAGCGCCCCCAGCGCCCCCAGCGCCCCCAGCGCCCCCAGCGCCGCCAGCGCCCCCAGCGCCGCCAGCGCCCCCAGCGCCCCCAGCGCCCCCAGCGCCGCCAGCGCCCCCAGCGCCCCCAGCGCCGCCAGCGCCGCCAGCGCCGCCAGCGCCCCCAGCGCCCCCAGCGCCCCCAGCGCCCCCAGCGCCCCCAGCGCCGCCAGUGCCGCCAGGGGAGCCGCGAUGCCGUUGCGCCAGAGUCACCCUUUCAGGUAACUUUAUCGUGUCUUCAGGUUCAUUUCCGUUUUCUUUGGGAGAAGUUUGAAUGCCUGUGCCAGAUGCAUGUUGCCAAUGCCUCUUGCAUAUACCUGUUGCUCAUGUCUUUGCCUUGUAGUUUUUAUCAGUGCAGUGAGCGAUGCUGA